AUGAAUCCGCCUCCUGCGAAAAAGGCUCGUCUGACGACAGCUUGCAAUGAAUGCCGCCGGCGGAAGGUCAAAUGCGAUGCCAACCAUCCAAAAUGUUCGAACUGCUGCACCAGAAACUCGGAAUGCUUCACAAGCGAUCCUAAAAGGCCCGAUGUCCCUGUAGUGAGAGAAUGGGUAGAAGUUCCUGAAAAGACACAUCCCUCUCAGCCUCCAAUACCAGCACAAAUUCAACUCUCGACAAUUCUUCCCGAGCCGGAUGGACCCACUCACGACAUACCUGAAACCUCUCAUCUACUAUCAGCCGCAACUCGACAUCACCCAGUCUCUCCUACGUUACACCACAAUCGGUCGCCAUCUGUCAAUGGCAACCUGGGCACGCCUGUCGUCGCGGAGACGACCGAUGUUUCGCCCAUGCAGCAACCUCAUGAUAUGUCGUUCAACCUGGAUUUUGUCAACAACAGAUUCAAAAUGCUGGGAGCCAGUAGCGCUCAAUGCUUGACCAAGUCUCUGGACAUCUACCUCCGAUCUUAUAAUGUGGACCCAGCCUCUGCAUUGUUUCGGCACGGAAUGCAACACGCCGAGGAGAUGGAUCUGCCUUUAUCGCUAGAUCUAAUACCCUUUCCAGAACACAGCACAAGGCAAGCUUAUCUGGAUGCCUAUUUCACUCGGAUACACGUAUAUUACCCCAUCACCGAUAUCGAUGACACUAGAGCCAUGGUUCACAAGAUUGCGCCACUACCUGAUAUCAAGUCCGUCUCCUACACAAAGGUUCCACUUCUGGCAACAGCAUAUCUGUUAAUGAGUUUGGGAGCUGAUGAGGUUCACGGUGCUGCAUCAGAGAUUGGCAUGCAAUACCUCAAGGUGGGCGCUGCACUCGCGGGCCAUGCCAUCAACUUUCCAUACUUGACCACAGUGCAGUGUCUACUCCUACUUGCUGUGUGCUAUAGAGGCCGCAACAAGGAUGGCCUGGGUUGGGGUGCCACGGGUACAGCAGUCAGGAUAGCCCAUUCGAUGGGACUACACAGACAUUCCGCUGUAAGACCCUCAAAUCAGCACGGCAUUCAACGGCGGGACCAACAACUAUUUCAUGCUCGUAUCUGGGCCAUUUGCUGUUGUCUGGAGAAGACUGCGCAGCUCGAAUGCGGUAGACCAUCCGCCAUCUUCGUGGUCAACACUGAUCAAAUGAUGGCAGCAGAUCAAAAGGCGCCCGGUCACGACUAUCUGAUGUGGAACAUGGCGCUCGCAGAAGUACAACAUGACAUUUCUACUCAUCUCUAUGGACACCAGCCUGGCGAAAGGACAGCAAAGCAAAUCCUGCUUGAUACUGCUAGACUGGAUAAAAAGCUUCUGCACUGGCCCAAUCUUGUACCUGCUGAGAUCCGCCCUGGCAAUGACAUCUUGUGCGGAGACGACCAAUUUCAUCUUGCGGCCAUUCUGUCUUUCCAAUACCACCAAGCUGUGAUAGCGGUGCAUCGCGCUGCACUGAUCCAACCUCUUGCGGCAUUGCAGCAAGAGAUCGAUAGAGUUUUGCCUGACAACGACGCUCGCUAUAGACUUAAGGGAGGUGAAGCGAUUUGUGUCAGCAGCGCUCGAGCGGUGGCAAGGAUCACCAUUGAACUCCUGGAGCGAAGAAUUGAUUCGCGGCUUCUUAGUGGUGGUCCCACUCUUCUGGCUUGCGUUGUGCUGGCUACAUAUAUCGUCAAGAAUCCCGCUGGCAGGAUGCAGCUUUCGGACUUGGAGCUGCUCAAAGCCGUCACCGAAUGGACCACCCAAUGCUUCCGCAAGACUGGUAUGAACGAGCACUUUUCUAAAGGCGCAACCGGCAUCUGCGACAGAGUAAUUGAAUGUCUGUCACGCCUAAAAUCAGCCCAAAACGGAGCAAUCCAACGCCUAAAGCCAAAUGACCCACGCAUCCCUAGAAACACCAGCAGUACCACAAGCCUUAACAGCCAAAUCAUGGUCGACAACAAUAGCCUACCCAAGCCGUCGCCGAUCAAUCACCUCACUUCGAGCAGCAGUGGAAACAGCCAUCAAGCAGGUCUAUCAGGAGCAUCCAAUUCAUCGCCAGCGUCGAAUGCGAUGAACAGAGAACACUCGACCAUGCAGAUUGCGAACAUUUUGCUGGACAAUGCGAGUCAUACUACUGCGAUGGGAAGUAUGGAUGACAUCGUUCCUGAUGUCAAUGUUUUGCCGUUUGAAGGAUACAAUCUUGAAGAAUUGUGGGAUUGGAUGGAUUCAGGUGGUGACAUCGGUGGGUUUGAAAAGAUCGAUUGGACGACUGAGACUGGAUUCGAGGACCAUUGA